GUCGCAUUGCCAAUCGACCUUAUUAGUCAAAGAAAAAGUGAUAAGUUAAGGAACCAUUUCGGCUUGAAAAAAAUCAGAUAAAUAAAAAGCAGGCCACGUUGUGCGCCAGUUCCCCAUCAGAUCGAAAGCCGCCAACAUUGAAAUUUCAAAUUUGAACUCGUUGGCUUACUAAUCUGUGACUCCGACGCACGUAACCCUUAAUCUUGCAGUGAUGCUGGUCGCCGCUUUGCAGCACAGUUACUCGAUAGAGUGCGUGUCGCCAAUAUCGGACUGGGCCAAACAAAUUACAAAGCGUGGUGGUGAGGGGUCCUUGCUUUAUGUCCUGGCUUUGUCUAUGUUCACCCAAUUGCUGUUGGCACUCUACGUGGGACUUGCAGUGUUCCAACCGUGUUCCUUGCGAAGAAAGCAGUUAAAUGAGUGGCAGCGCAGGAUCUAUGCCAGCUUUAUCUUCCGGAGGUUGCUUCUACAGCUGGAUGAGACAUUCAGACCACAUGGGUCUCCUGGGAAAGACCAGCUGGGCUACUGUCGGAGUUGCAGCGAAAAGGUAAUCUUAGCUAUACAACACUUCCGACGAGAUGCUUUUAGGGUCCUUCAGCCAGGACAGGAUCUCUCAUCGGCUCUGAGCAGCGAGUUAUACUAUGUUCUUGACGAGGAGGAGUAUGAGCUCGCAGUGAAUGGUUACGGGUGCUCCUGUAUUAAAAUUGAGGUCAUUGAGGAUCUGCUGAUGUGUCUUAUGUACCCUGAACGAAUUGUUCAAGAAUCGUAGUGAGGGGAUUUGUCCUCAUCAAUACUAUAACCUUCUUGAGGGAUCCCUACGUGCACUCGGGAGCUAACGGGUUGCCAUUUUGAUGUCUAGACCUCUUAUAAUUCAAAGAACAGAAAGAAACAGAACUGGAAGCCUCAAAAUCAAGCGCUUAAAAAAAAUUGAA